CAAGGCUGGAGACAGGCCUCCAUGUCACUGACAGCAGGGCUGUGUCACCGUUUGCCGUCCAAUAGGUGAGGCCGGGGAACCCGCUGGGCAUCUGCACCUUGGGUUCGGUCUCUUGGGACGCACGAGGUGCCCUUGUUCUCUCCAACACGGGACCCUUUUUGCAACCAUCUCUUCUGUUCGACCUUCCAGUUCUUCCGGCUGCACAAUCGCAAUCUGUUAACUGGCCAGUUACACCUUCGAGUUUGCAACGCCAGCCCGUUUUUUUCCCAACAGGAUCUUUGCCCACAAAGUCAGGGUUCAGUCCAACCCCCAGCCUCCAUUGUGCCUCGCAAAUUCUAGCCUGGCCCCUGCAACCGCCAGAGUCGGAGCUGUGCCACGACUGGCUUGGGGGAGAUCGACCUUCGAACAUUGUGGACUUACGAUCCGGUUUUUUUGUUUCGUGUCCGCCGGAGAGUUGAAGGUCCUCGAGCGCUUGGUCGGCACUCGUCGCAAAGAUGCCGGGCUUCGCAGACUCGUUCUGGUCAAACGACUAUGCCGCAGGACUCGGGGUCCUGUUCGGCAAACUACAGCAAGGCGUCGUCGAGAAUCGCCAGGUCCUCACCAUCGCCCGAAUGCGCGCCGAGGCUGAGGAGGUCUAUGGCCAGCGACUAUCCGAGAUUGCCCCUGCAGUUGACAAGAUUCAAGGCGGGUUCGGCCGUGACGAUGGCGCCAGUGUGCGGAAGGCAUACGAUGGAGUGCGGACCGAGAUGGAGGACGCUGCCAAGAACCACAAGAAGAUUGCGCAAAACAUCCGCGACCUCGUGGUAAACCCCUUCUCGCGCUGGGGCGACGCCCACGAAGCUCGGAUACACGAAUCGCACGAGGACCUGCAGGCGCGGAUCAAGGCCCACGACAAGCAAGCCGAGGCCGUCAAGAAGCUUAGGAGCACGUACUUCAACAAGUGCCGUCUCGUGGAGGAUAUCGAAGAGGAGAAUAAGCUCGCGUUCCAGGAUCCUGAGACCAGCCCGAAGCAGAACCAGAAUAUUCCAGCAAUCAAGGUGGACCAGGAACCUGCAGAAGAGGAGGAACCUCUCGAGAUAGGCGACAAUAUGUACACCCCGGAACAGGUCAAGAAGACCCUCGCGCACAUGCUCGCCACCAUCAAGAUGGGCGAGACGAAGGUUCCGAUCCUCGGCACGUACCAAAACACCUCCGCCGGCACGGACAUUGUGGACUACAUCCAGCAGCACAUGGGAAGCACAAGUGUGAGCUAUGCGGAGAGAAUCGGCCAGGACCUGGUUACCCAUGGGUUCCUGCGCUUGGUCGGCAACGUCGGGAAUACCUUCGCCAACAGUUCCAAGCUGUUUUACCAGUGGCGCCCCAAGGCGUUCGAGACGGCGGGCGUGCCGCAGAAGAAUACGCUCGGGAGGACGUUUUCGAUCCCCGUGAACGGGGCCGACGGCAACGACUCGCCCGUAGUUGGCACGGUAACCGAGUACCUCGCUAAGUGGGAUGUCCUGAACACUUCCCGGCCAAACGAGACGCCGGCCGAGCGCCUGCGCCGGGAAGCGAGGGAGGCGGAUGAAAAGUACAAGGCCGGGGUCCAGAAGCUGGAUGAGAUGCGCUGCGAGCUGGAGGAGGCUAUUUUCGUGCACCUCAAGUUCCUCGAGCGCUGCGAGCUGGACCGCCUCAAGGCAAUCAAGACCGUCAUCCUGGACUUCUCGGGGACCAUUAGCAACGUGAUCCCCAGCCUGCAGUCCGCCGUGGACAAUAUGAUGCUCUAUCAGGAGACGGUGCAGCCGUCUGGCGAUCUGCGCUAUCUCCUGGAGAAUUACCGGACCGGCAGCUUCGCUCCGAAGGUUGUAACCUAUGAAAACUAUUACAACAAGGUAGACGACCAGACCUUUGGUGUGGAUCUUGAGGCCCGCGCUAGAGCCGACCGGAAACGGGUACCCAUCAUCAUCACGACUCUUCUUACCUACUUGGAUCACCACUACCCUGAUCUCGAGGGCGACGAGGCCCGGAGGGGGGUGUGGCUGGUUGAGGUCCCGCUUGCUCAGACGCAUAAGCUGAGGUCCAAAGUCAACAACGGGAAACCGCCUGCCCUCGAGACGUUUGCUGAAUUCGAUAUACCCACCGUUGCGAGCCUCCUCAAGCUUUACCUCCUUGAACUUCCGGAUUCCCUUGUCUCGUCUCAUGUCUAUGAAAUCAUCAGGACGAUCUACACCACUCCCACAGCUGACGGCGGUGAUGCGGCGCGCAUUCCUGUGUUGCAACAGACGCUCUCCCAACUGCGGCUUACGAACAUUGCGACACUGGAUGCUUGCAUGAACCAUUUCACGCGCUUGAUCGACCUCACAUCCGCCGACGAGGAGUACGUCUCCAAGCUGGCAACUAUGCUCGCUCCCUGCAUUCUGCGGCCGCGCACGGAGACGUCGCUCACGAUGGAGGAAAAGCACGCCUACCGCUUGGUCCGCGAUCUCUUCGCGCACAAGGACGCCAUCUUCAGCGAGCUCAAGCGCCUAUCCACCAUGAACUCUUCUGGCUCCGUCAAGGGCAAUCAGAGCCGGCCACGGGCCAUCUCCACCGACGAAAGCAACCGCAGGGCGCACAUGGAGGAGCGCAACCGGGCGCUCCUGGAGAAGGCCAGCGGUAGCCGCAGCCGAGCAACAUCCCCCGCGCCCAGCCCGCGUGCCUCUCACCGCCGGGACAGGAGUGUGGGUGGGCCCGAGACGCGAUUCCCCAUUUCCACCGGCAGUGUCACGAGCCCUACCAGCCCACAGCAGAGAAAGCGGGGGAGCCUGGGCCCGCAGCUGCCCAAGAGGACGAGCCUCGAGGUCCCAGGCGAGUCGGAUGCGAGCAUGGGUCUGAGCCACCCUGCGGACGGCAACUUCAUCAUGAACGGAGUUGCGUCAGUGGCGGCGGCGAACGCUGCCGCCGCUGCCCCUGCUACAGAUCCGCAGCUGGCCAAGGUGGAGCAGGAGAGCAAGGUCGAGAAGCGGAACAGUCUCGGCCGGAGCGGCGCGCGCUUCUCUUCUGGCCGGCGCGUGACGCCUGCGUCUACGGCAGCGAGGACAGGGACCCCGCCGCCGCAGAACCAUCAACGCACGGGCAGUGGCAAGCAGGAGCAGCAGCCAGGGCAGGGACACCACCCGCAACACAGCGUCACACUCACGGAUGCUCCCAUGGACUACUAGUGAUGGUCACAUGUGAACUCCUCUGGGUGUCUUGGCAUUGGUUGUCUUCGGACGGUGUUCUGGACAAAAAGGUCGGAACGGAGGGCAGGACAUCACAUAUUGAUGAUAUUAUGAUGGCGGGCGGAGCGAGUCCAGUUAGGUUUGGUUCUCAUGUCUAUCUGUGCUAUGCUACAAUUUGUAUUGUACCAGUCCAGCUCAGGAAGGUAGCUCUGCUUAUUUUACUUUUCUCUUGUUCUUAUUUUGCCAUAUUAUCCUUUCCAGUCAGUCGCCUUCAGGUACCUACUUGUUCUGUAAAGCAGGGAGUUGGAGCCGUUGGAAGGGCCGU